AUGAACUUACUAACUAUACAGUACCUCUUCUUCUACCUCGCACCUAUUGCAAGUGCACCAUUAUACGAUCAAGAUGUGAGCCUUGACUAUGACUACUUCAAGCUCGCGGGUUCCUCUGGCGUCCCGGCCAUGCACGCAGCAGUUCUCCCACCGCAUGGAAAAGUCGUAUUUCUCGAUAAGGUGGAAAACUACACCGAACUUCUGCUGCCGAACAACCGCUACGCAUACUCUUCUCUUUAUGACCCAAUAAGCCACGAACUGUAUCCGUUAUCUGUUGCGACGAACCCGUUCUGCUGUGGAGGAACAUUUCUACCCGAUGGGAGGCUGGUCACUCUUGGAGGCAAUGGACCUCUGCUCUGGCUUGACCCUACUGUUAGUGAUGGUUUCGACGCAAUUCGCUUCCUCGGCUCAAGCAACGCAGCUUAUCAUUGGACAGAGCCUGGAAACAAGUUGGCUUCCAAACGAUGGUAUGCUUCCGCACAAACGAUGUCGAAUGGGGACAUAUUCGUUGCAGCAGGGAGCCUCAAUGGGUUGAGCCCAGCAAAUCAUAGCAACAACAAUCCCACGUACGAGAUACUUGGAGCUAAUAGCGUCAGUAAAGGGAAAAGUAUGCCAAUGGACAUCCUGGUCAAAACCCAGCCGUACUAG